UGGUGCAGUUGGUCGGAGACACACCAUAUAAAGAAAGAAAGCGCACUUUUGGUGCAGCAGCGAUUGUUCAAAGGCUGGCACUGCGCGUGCUGGCAGGGAUCUUGACGGUUCAUCAGAAACAGACGCGCCUCUGCAUUGCGAUCCGUUCGACGUGAAGGAUUUGACGGGAGAAUUUCAAAAGAACCGGGGAUAUAUCCUACAUUUUUUGAGGAGAACACAACGGGGGAUUAUGGAUUUAUUGGGGCGAUUCUUUGCCUUAAAAGAAAUUAUGAUCUUCGAAAUUGGACGGAGAAGAUGUAUGCAGAGCAAGACAGGCGCAGAGUUUGCAGCUGCAGUGCUAAAAUGAAUCAGGUUUCAGACCGAGGAAUAAAACGAUACAACUGGAAACCAUGUGUUGGCGUUCGUACUAGCUGAAGUAAACAUUUUAAUGGUCAAUCCAAAUGUUAUUUUAAAGCAGCAACACAGAAAUGUAUAUAUUUUGUAAAGAGAUGAAGAGGAAUUCCAAGGAUUGACAAGUGUUCAUUUUAAUGAAAAAUACAGUUUACUGCUUGAAACGGUACUAAUAGCUGCGUCGUAAAGAUACAUUUUUGGCUUCCAAGAAAUCUUAGGAAAGUAAGAUGCAAAGCCGACCAUACUUGAAACAAUGUGAACCCGAUUCCCAAGUGUAUCUGUUUCCCCCAAACGUGCACAGUGUCAUUGUACUCAUGUCUUGUCCACUGUGGCAUUUAGCAGUUGCUACGGUGGACCCGGUGAUUAGGUUUUCAGGUAGUUUUUAAAAUGUGAUUUCUUCGGGGAUUUCCUGAAUCUCACAGUUUGGUGUUGAUGCGGUGGACCUACCGGGAAAGAUGUUUACGUUUGUGCUGCUGGGGGGAUUAUACGUUUUAAGCACGAUAACUUGUGGCUAUGCGUCGUGGGGAAAUCCCGAUUCCAAUGUGAAAAACCAAGCGAACGAAUUUGACAAGCCCUCCACUCAACCGCACAUCAUUUUCAUCCUGGCCGACGAUCAAGGAUUCCGAGACGUGGGAUACCACGGCUCCGAGAUUAAAACGCCGACUCUGGACAGGCUAGCAUCAGAAGGAGUGAAACUGGAGAAUUAUUACGUACAGCCCAUGUGCAGUCCUUCCCGGAGCCAGUUCAUGACUGGCAGGUACCAGAUCCACACGGGCCUGCAGCACUCCAUCAUCCGAGCGGCUCAGCCCAACUGCCUGCCCCUGGAGAACGUCACGCUGCCCCAGAAGCUGAAGGCCGUGGGCUACGCCACGCACAUGGUGGGCAAGUGGCACCUGGGCUUCUACCGGCGGGAGUGCAUGCCCACGCGCCGCGGGUUCGACUCCUUCUUCGGCUACCUGCUGGGCAGCGGCGACUACUACAGCCACUACAAGUGCGAUGGGCCGGGGAUGUGCGGCUACGACCUGUACGACGGCGAGGAGGCAGCCUGGGACCAGGCGCGUGGCGUGUACUCCACCCUCAUGUACACGCGGCGGGCGGUGGACCUGCUGGCCGCCCACGACCCGCGCCGCCCGCUCUUCCUCUACCUGGCCUACCAGGCGGUGCACUCGCCCCUGCAGGUGCCCGUGCGCUACCUGGAGCGCUACAAGUCCAUCACCAACCUGCACCGGCGCAAGUACGCCGCCAUGGUGACCUGCCUGGACGAGGCGGUGCACAACGUCACGCUGGCGCUGAAGCGCUACGGCUUCUACGACAACAGCAUUCUGGUCUACUCCACGGACAACGGGGGCCAGCCCAUGGCCGGCGGCAGCAACUGGCCCCUGCGGGGGAGCAAGGGCACGUACUGGGAGGGCGGCGUCCGGGCGGUGGGCUUCGUGCACAGCCCCCUGCUCCUGAAGAAGGGCACGCGCUGCCGGGGGCUGGUGCACAUCACCGACUGGUUCCCCACGCUGGUGACGCUGGCGGAGGGCAUGCUGGAGGAGGACCUGCAGCUGGACGGCUACGACGUGUGGGAGGCCAUCAGCGAGGGCUUCCCGUCGCCGCGCCAGGACAUCCUGCACAACAUCGACCCCAUCUACACCAAGGCCAAGAACGGCUCGUGGAAGGCGGGCCACGGCGUGUGGAACACGGCGGUGCAGGCCGCCAUCCGCGUGGGCGACUGGAAGCUGCUGACGGGCGUGCCGGGCUACGGCGACUGGGUGCCGCCGCAGACCUUCUCCGCCGUGCUGCUGAGCAACCGCUGGCACAGCGAGCGCGUGCGCUGGGACCGCGGGAAGUCCGUGUGGCUCUUCAACAUCACGGCCGACCCCUACGAGCGCCUGGACCUGUCCCGCCGCUUCCCCGGCGUGGUCAAGAGGCUGCUCCUGCGCCUGGCGCACUACAACAAGACGGCGGUGCCCGUGCGCUACCCCGCCAAGGACUCGCGCUCCAACCCGCAGCUCAACGGAGGCGUGUGGGGGCCCUGGUACAAGGAGAAGGAGCAGGAGGAGGAGGAGGGGGGGGGGAACCUGCUCACCAACCGGCUCGACAAGAGGAGGCGCAAGAAGAAGCGGAGGAGGAAGCAGAAGAGGGCCGCCGGAGACUAGCCUCCUCGCCGGCUGGCGUCGCGCGAGGGCUUCGCUCGAAUCUCAGGGAUCGCAGGCCGUUCCGGCUUGUAGAGCUUGUCUGUUUCACUGUUUUUUCGGAGUUUUAUGGGACAUUUGGACGUGGUGACAGAUAGAGGACUGGCUACAGAGGGUACCUCGCCUCCAUUAAAACUGUUCCUCUCAAGUUAAGAUGUAAAAAAACCGCAGAUUUUCCGUUCGAAACAGUCUGCUUUUUAUUUCGUUUGGGCAUCUAAGCAAUGUUUACUUUUUAUAUUUUAUUGCAUGCUGGAACUUCAGUGACCCUCAAAUUGUUAAGAGAUUUAUUAUAUUUAGUAUGUGGAAAAAAUAAAUAGAACUAUUCUGCAGACGGCACCACCUAUUGUGGUAGUAAAAAAAAAAGAGAAAAAUUAUAUCAGACCUUGAAUGCCUGAAAGGUCUUCAGAAAAGAGUCUAUACAUUUUAUUUCAUAAAAAAAAACUCAAACACAAAAAAACAGAAAUUUUAAUGAGGUUCGCAAACUGUCAGAAAUUACUAAUAAUAUGGGUCCUCUCCGCAACUAUCUGGUCUGGCACCGGCUCAUCUUGAAUGUAAGACAAAUGAAAUAAAGCCCUUGAAAAGGACAGAUUUAUUCAUUAGCUCCAGGAUCUCGCUUUCUUGUGCUCACUGUAUUAUUAUGGCUGAUAUGCUCACAGGCUUAAGAGCAGGAAAAUAAACUCUCGUCCCAAACCCUUCGUCCCUCCAUCACUCCAGUUACACAUUAGUGGGCAGGUUUUUAUCCGCUGCUGAAAGGCUAUUUAAUAUGUUUUAUUAAAGUGGAAAAUGCUGUAAAGCGUAUUCUGGCUGGCAAGAUGGAGUUAACCCGCGAUGAUCAGUAUUGAGGUUGGAUUUUCUGGAGCAUGCGUGCCAUGGAUGAGAGAUCUGGCCCGAGAAGGGACAUCAUUAUAUUUUUAGAGGGCACAAGUGAUUUGGGUCCCCGGGGGGGGGGAAAGCCAUGCCUCCUCACAAGGAAUGAUUGAAACAAACGGUCGGUUUCUGUUGCUUGGUGCUGACUGAAAACACGCAUACACAACAGCCAUUUUGAGCAGAGAGGUCCGCCAAUACUAAACAAGCAAGAAGAGGGUUAUUAUUUUCUUUAUUUGUACUUAAGUCCCUGUCUGCCAUUUUAACAAUGCUACAAGCUACUUUAAAAUACUCCGUGCUGAGCACAACGUCAAUACUGAAAUGCAUUUCAGCCGGCUAGUACAAAUUUAAAAGAAUAAAACAUUAUUUUACUUUUACUUUAAUGCCAAGAAACAUGAGCAACAUCUUGAAAUGUAAACUACUGAAAUUUGAACAUUUUGGAUUGAAUUCGAUAUGCAUCCAGUUUUUCCACAGGAGCCCUCAGGUGUUGUGUAAUGAGGAGGCUGCUCCAGUGAUGUCACUUCCUGUGCCUGGAGCAUGUAGUUUGUGUGUGCAGUCCCAGUUUGCAGGUCUGUGAUGAAACAUGAUCUUCCAUUCAUUUCUCAUUAAUACACAUAUUAAUACACUGUUAUAUCCGGCUGCCAUUGUAAAAAAAGGAGACAUGAAAAAUGGUUCACAGCAUUUGGUUACAUGUUUGUUUUGGUUACGUUACAACUUUGUUUACAGCUACGGGUUACAAUGUGACAGAUUGGAUUACAUCUCACUGGAAACUACCAAUAAAUGACAAUUACAGAA